CACUUCCUGGUUCUGCAACAUAAACACGCCUCGGAGCUGCUGCUGCUCUGUGUUUGUUUUUUUCUCGGUUUAUUUUUAGAGGUUAAAAAUCUGAUGAUGUUUACUGAACUAAAGUUGGCAGAUUUUUUUAAGUAAUAGAGAAAAUCCUUGUAGUGUUCCCCUCUUCCCCCCCUCACCUGGGACUCUGUGUGAGUGAGUGUGUGUGAAUGAAUGAACGAACGCGCACGCAGAGCUCGGCAGGUGUGUGUGUGUGUGAGAGAGAGUGUGUGUGUGUGUGUGUGUGUGUGUGUGAGUGAGUAUGAAUGAGAGAGUGUGUGUGUGAGUGAGUAUGAAUGAACGCGCAGAGCUCGGCAGGUGUGUGUGUGUGCUGUGCGGGUUACCUGCAGUGGGAAAGUCCACCCUCACACGCCUGCUCUCUCAUCACCUUCACACACGCGGCUGGAGGACUUUCACCAUCUGCUACGAUGAGUUCAUCCCUCAGGAGGCUUUUCACUUCCACACACCGCAGAGGGAAGAGGAAGAAUCAUCUAAAGAGGCAGGGUGGAAGCAGUACAGACAUGCCGUGUUGGAGUGUGUGGACAGUUUCCUGCAGGAGCUCAGUGCUGAUGGACCUCACACACACACUGGAGGAGGAAGUGUGUGUGCUGAUGGACCUCACACACACACUGGAGGAGGAAGUGUGUGUGAGCGCUUUAGAGAGGCCAUGGAGAAGCAGCAGAUCCUCCCACUGUUACAGAACACACACUCUGGACCUCAGCAACUUGUCCUGCUGCUCGAUGACAACUUCUACUACCACAGCAUGAGAUACCAAGUGUACCAGCUCGCGCGCAGGCGGUCAGUGGGGUUCUGUGAGAUCUACCUGCACUGUCCACUGGAGGUGUGUCUCCAUAGAAACAGGGUCAGAGGUCAGCCGGUGCCAGAUGAUGUCAUUGCUGAGAUGUCCAAUCGCAUGGAGCCUCCGAACACAGUGAAGAACCAGUGGGAGAGAAACAGUGUGACUGUGGACAACACAAACACCGUCACACACACACAACUGUACAUCACACACACACACACAACUGAGGUACUGCAGGCGAUCUCUUCAGCAGUAGAAAAUCCUCUGAGUCCAAUUCAGGAUGAUUCAGAGCAGAGGGAGGCAGACAGACAGCGCUGUGCCUGCAGUGUGGUUCAUCAGGUGGAUCAGGUGUGCAGGAGACUCGUGUCUCAGGCCAUGGUGACAGCGAGAGCACACAGGCAGAGUGGUGAGGAGCUGAAGGGGUUGGCGAGAGCUCUGGGGGAGGAGAAGAAUCUCUUCCUGCAGGAGCUCAGAGCUCAGGUUCUCCAACAGCUGGGACAGGACGAGUGUGUGUGUGUGGAGCGUGUGGUCAACAUCGCAACCGACACGUUUACACGCAGAACACGCGUGAUGUUGGAGCGACACGGCGUGGACUCCACGUCCAGCUCCGAAUCCGUGUAACAAACACAGAAUGGGUUCAUUUAUAAAGAAUAAAAAUGAAGUUUCUCAUUAAAGAGAAAUGAUUCAUUCACAGCGUAAGAGAUGUUUAUAGUGCAGUCCCUGUGUCUCUGCUCGUUAAAGUAAUGGCACCCCACUUCAUUGAUUUUUUUUUUUUUAAAUAGUAAUUACAAUGAGACUAAAAAUACCUCAUUUAAUUCACUUUUUUAAUCAAUUUAGUGAUUUAAAAUGAGAUGAAAAAUACUUAAUUUACGUUUUUUUUUUUUCAUUAAUUACAAUAAAAGCUGCAAGGAAGCCCUAAUUGAAUUCACUUGAUUUAAUAAUGUUGAUUGU